GAAUAAAGUCGCUACCCCUUGCAAUGGAGAGAAAUGAGGCCCAUCUCUUCAAUUUCCUUUUGAGACUAGGAUGUAAACGAAUCUAUUUUCUUAAUCUGUCACACAGCUCAACUGUUCAAGUCAAAAUGGUUGUCUACCAGAACAAUAAAGAACGAGUGUUUCUGAGUGCAGUGAAAGCUUUCCUUGUCAAGGAAUUGUGUUGCAAGAUAUCCGCACUACAAGAGAAACAGGUGGAGCAGCCAAAGCUUGAUGAAGCAAUGUCAUUCGCCACAAUGCCCUUUCGGAGGAGCACGCGGAGUGGGGUUUAGAAAAGGUAAGUGAGACAUAACUUUAUCCUCAUUUAGGAGAUAAUGAUUUUGUCACUUGAAUCCAUGGCGUAA